UUAUCCUGUAUUCCCACAAUAUCCAUCUUCUUCUCUGUAUGUUCCACCACCUAUCAAUCAUCCUCCAUCAAAAAACAAAAUGGAAGCUCUUUCCGUCAACCCAUCACUUUCCGGCCUCAAACUGGCCCAUAACCACCGGCCCACGACACAUCCACCAUUCUCCCUCUUUGCCCACCUCCGUUUCCGUCCUCACCAUCGUCCCCACCUUCUCUCCGUCGCCGCCGCCGCCGUGGAAAGUCAAUCUGAGCCAAACCCACCUCAGUUUUCCGACUAUGAUCAAGAUGAAACUUAUGGUGAAGUUAAAACAAUUAUUGGCAGUAGAGCAUUGGAGGAUAAUGCUGGAAUGGAGUAUUUGAUUGAAUGGGAAGACGAUCACGCGCCGACAUGGGUUCCGGCUAACUUGAUAGCCGCCGACGUGGUGGCGGAGUAUGAAAACCCGUGGUGGAUUGCCGCCAAAAAAGCAGAUGACCGGAAGUUGAAGGAGAUUCUUGAUUCCGAUGACGGCCGGGAUGUUGACGCCGUGGAUUCCGAUGGCCGGACGGCUUUACUUUUUGUCGCCGGACUUGGGUCGGAAUCUUGUGUACGGACGUUGGUGGAGGCCGGAGCUGACGUCAACCACCGUGAUAACGGCGGUGGGUUGACGGCGUUACAUAUGGCGGCAGGGUAUGUGAGACCAGGUGUGGCAAAGGUAUUGGUGGAGUUUGGGGCGGAUCCGGAAGCCGGAGACGAUAGAGGACGGACGCCGUUGGAUUUAGCACGAGAGGUUUUGAAUUCGACGCCUAAAGGGAACCCGGUGCAAUUUGCUAGAAGAUUAGGGUUAGAAAGUGUAAUUAAGAUCUUAGAAGGGGCGAUAUAUGAAUACGUCGAGGUGGACAAGAUUAUGGAGAGGAGAGGGAAAGGGAAUAACGUCGAGUAUUUGGUGAAAUGGAAAGAUGGAGGGGAUAACGAGUGGGUUAAGGCCGCGAUGAUUGCAGAGGAUUUGGUUAAAGACUUUGAAGACGGGUUGGAAUAUGCAGAGGCCGAGUGUGUGUUAGGGAGACGGGAUGGUGAAGAAGGCAAAAACGAGUAUUUAGUUAAAUGGACGGACAUAGAAGAGGCAACCUGGGAGCCAGAAGAAAAUGUUGAUCCGGAGUUGAUUAAAGCCUUCGAGAGUGGUGUUGAGACCCCUUUAACAGGGAAUGCGAUUGCUUGAUACUUUGAUUUGUAUGAAGCGUUGUAUUUUUGAUAUUAGAAUUGAAACGAUUCUGAACAUUAGUUAUAGUCAAAUGGUAAUGAAAUUUUGGUAUGGCCUCCAACGCCUAACUUGUAUCAUAAGAUUCUUGAUAUGAAACACGAGUUUCAUUUAUGUAAA